CUCCUCCUCCUUCGCGCGUGCCACUCGGCAGUAUGGCGCCCGUCCUUCUUAAGUAAUCUACACCCAAAUGUUACACUUGUUUUUGCACUUCUUUUAAAACUAUGUCGGCGACUCUAUUGCUGAAAUACUACGCGAAAAGGCUGCCGCUCGACGUGUUUCGCCGGGCCAACGUCUGCUGUUACCACACCGAAAGAGGCGUCUACGGAUACCGACCAAAACAGACUCGCAGGGAGGAUAAGUUGCUGAGCGACUGCAUCGUGAGUUUAAAUGAAGAUCAUGGCCUGGCGCGUCUGGUGGAGGCAUACCGAGCACAUGGACACAAGCUGGCUAAGAUUAACCCCCUGCUUCCCCAAAAGCCUGUGGUGGACAGUGUUCCUGAGAUAAGCAUGCUUACAGGCACCUUGAGUGGACAGCUCAACACUUCAGGGCUGCGCCACUUAGGCAAGGUGGAGGCUUCAGUUGAGGAGGUUCGAGCCUAUCUAGAGGAGACCUACUGUAGACACCUGUCAGUGGAGACCACUCAGCUGAGCAGCGCUGAAGAAAGGGAAUGGAUGGCUGACCGCUUUGAAGAGCUCAAGACAACCACCUUCUCCACAGAUGAGAGGAGAACACUAGCAAAGCUCAUGCUGGAAUCUCAGGAAUUUGACCACUUCUUGGCCACCAAAUUUUCCACGGUGAAACGUUACGGUGGAGAAGGAGCGGAGAGCGUGAUGGGCUUCUUCCAUGAGCUUUUCCACCAGUCGUCCCAGAGUGGUGUCACCGAUAUCGUGAUCGGCAUGCCGCACCGAGGAAGACUCAACCUCCUCGUGGGUUUGCUCAAGUUCCCACCAGAGCUAAUGUUCCGUAAAAUGCGUGGCCUCAGCGAGUUUCCCGAAACGUCACCCGCCAUCGGGGACGUCCUGUCUCACUUGACGUCCUCGGUGGAGUUGGACUAUGGGUCAGGGACCCCGCUUCACGUUACUAUGCUGCCCAACCCGUCGCAUCUCGAGGCCAUCAACCCUGUGGCUCAAGGCAAGACGCGGGCCAGGCAGCAGCUCAGGAAAGAGGGCGACUAUUCGCCUGACGAGCACGCCCAGCCAGGGGACCAAGUCAUCUGUUUGCAGGUCCAUGGCGACGGCUCUUUCCCUGGUCAGGGGAUCGUUCCAGAAACAUUGACCCUCUCCAACCUUCCUCACUACAGAGUAGGUGGGAGCAUUCACCUCAUAGUCAACAAUCAAGUGGGAUAUACCACGCCGUCCGAGCGGGGGAGAUCCUCUUUGUACUGCAGCGAUGUCGGUAAGAUGGUGAAUUGCGCCGUGAUCCACGUGAAUGGAGACGACGCUGAGGAGGUGGUGCGGGCCACUCGCCUUGCUGUUGAGUACCAGCGGCGCUUUAGGAAAGAUGUCAUUCUGGACCUCAUCUGCUACCGUCAGUGGGGCCACAACGAAUUGGACGAGCCUUUUUUCACCAACCCGGCCAUGUACAAGAUCAUACGCUCCCGUAAAAGUGUCCCUGACUCCUACUCGGAACAGCUCAUCUCCGAGGGCUUGAUGACGGAGGCCGAGUGCAGCCGGAUCAAAACUGAGUACUAUGCCUUCCUCAACGACAAGCUGGCCAACAUGACCGUGUACAGCCCUCCGCCCACCAACCUGCAGGGCCGCUGGGGGGAUCUGGUGGAGCCUCAGGCCCGAGUCACCUCCUGGGACACAGGUGUCCCCGUCCCACUCCUACAGUAUGUCGGAGCCAAGUCUGUGGACAUCCCUGAGCACAUCCAGUUGCAUAGCCACCUAGUCAAGACCCAUGCACAGGCCAGACUGCAAAAGCUUGAAGAGGGCACCAAACUGGACUGGUCCACGGCAGAGGCCAUGGCUUUUGGUUCACUCCUUUGUCAAGGUUUCAACAUUCGUAUCAGCGGCCAAGAUGUGGGGCGUGGCACUUUCAGUCAGCGGCACGCCAUGGUGGUCUGCCAAGACACCAAUGACAUGUUUAUUCCUCUCAAUCACAUUAGCCCACAGCAGACAGGGCUCCUCGAGGUGUGUAACAGCCCGCUGUCAGAGGAAGCGGUGCUGGGAUUUGAGUAUGGCAUGAGCAUCGCCCAGCCGAAGCUCUUGCCCAUCUGGGAGGCUCAGUUUGGAGAUUUCUUCAAUGGUGCUCAGAUCAUCUUUGACACGUUCAUCUCUGGGGGCGAGGCCAAAUGGCUGCUCCAGUGUGGGAUGGUGAUCCUGUUGCCUCACGGCUAUGACGGAGCUGGACCUGAACACUCCUCCUGCCGCAUGGAGCGCUUUUUGCAGAUGUGUGACAGUAAGGAGGAGGGUGUGGACGGCGACACGGUCAACAUGGCCGUGGCCAACCCGACCACCUCGGCUCAAUACUUCCACCUGCUCAGGCGGCAGAUGAUCCGAAAUUUCCGCAAACCUCUCAUUGUGGUCGGACCUAAGAUGUUGCUUAGAUUUUCCGGGGCUGCAUCCAGCAUGACGGAAAUGGCGCCAGGGACAUCUUUCAAACCCGUGUUGGGGGAUACGUCGGUCUUGCCCGAAAAAGUCCAGCGAGUGGUGCUGUGCUCAGGAAAACACUACUAUGCCUUGCUGAAGCAGAGAGACGCUGCAGCCAGGCAAGACUCUGCGCUGAUCCGCUUGGAAGAGCUGUGUCCUUUCCCGCUGGACGCACUCCAGACGGAACUUAACAAGUAUACUAACGCUAAAGAGUUUAUCUGGAGCCAGGAAGAACCUCAGAACAUGGGCCCCUGGUCUUUUGUAAACCCCAGGUUUGAGAAGCAGCUGGCCUGCAAGCUGCGCCUCGUGAGCCGACCUGCUCUGCCUGCCCCCGCUGUGGGUAUUGGCACCCUCCAUCAUCAGCAGCAAGAGGCCCUGCUUACAGCCACCUUCUCUUAAGAACAAAAAAAGACUAUAUUCAGACCCAGGAAACUGUGAUCAACUUUAAACAGACUUUAAAUCUCAAUCAAGUCUACAAGUUGAAGGUGUCACAUAGUUGCUAAUAUUUGUACAGAAAGAGUUUUGGGUUGAUUUUUUUUUUUUUUAUAAUUGAACUCUACAUAUAUUGUGUGGGUAAUGGUGUAAUUUCAGUCAGGCCUUAACAAUGUUUACUUUGAACAUUCUUGGAAAACAACAUUUUAAAAGUAACGAGACAGCACAGAUUAAGUAAGUUAGCACAUCUACCUCACAGUUCUUAGAUUGGUGGUUAAAGAAACAGUGUGUGGAGUUUGCUUGUUCUCCUUGUGCUAAAAAGGGUUUUCUGUGGGUACUCCCACAUUCCUGAAACGUGCAAGAAUCAUUGAAGACUCUAAAUCAGACAUGUCCAAAGUCCGGCCCGGGGGCCAAAUGCGGCCCCUGGUCAAAUUUCAUCCGGCCCCCAGCCUCUGUCAUAAAAUCAAUAAUGUCUGGCCCGCACACAGACUUAAUAAAUUGGUCAGAAGUACUGCAACCAGCAUAUGAAGUAGCUUACACACGAAAUGCUGCUCCUCAUUUACCCACCAAAAGGCAGCAGCACUUUAACCCUUUAUUGCCAAAUGUAUCACAUUUGAUACACCUAAAAUUUCAUGAUUUUGAGACUAAUUUAGAAUUUUGACAUUUCUUUUUGAAAAAAAAAAACAAACAAAAAAAAAAAAACGAUGGAUGCAAGUCAACACAUGCAUUUGCAGGUUCUAUGAGAGAAAAAAAAAACAUGAUUUAGCAUGGGUUAUAAAUAUUAGAGCGCUUAUUACUCAUAUUCAUUUUGACUUUUCUUUUUACAAAUUUGAAAAAAUGGUUUCAUUAGGACCUUAUUUUUCAAAUUUUGGGAUUCUCUGAUAAUUGCUUCAUGUUGCAGGUAUUGAAGUGCUAAGCAACAUUACCCCGUGUGACCCAUUACUUCCAUUUUCUAAAAUGGCGACAAUCAACAACAACAACAAAAAAGUUGACUGACGGCCGACGCUUCAAGGAUAGGUGGAAAUUGGACUAUUUCUUCACUAAAAUACGCAACAACUGUGUCUGCCUCAUUUGCAAAGAGACAGUCGCUGUUUUUAAAGAUUUCAAUGUUAGCCGAUAUUACCAAACAAGACACGCUGACAUGUACGGCAAGAUUACAGGGAAGAUUCGCAGCGAGAAAUUGAAGCAACUUGAAGCUAGUUUAAUAUCACAGCAGCAGUAUUUUGCAAGAGCCUGAGAGUCGAAAGAGAACGCCACAAAGGCUAGUUGUAAGAUUGUUGAAAUUAUUCAAUUAAAAAAAAAAAUAAAGCAAAUGUGACACACUGAAUGGCUUACUAAAAUUUGCUUAAAUAUAUUGUUCUACGUAAAGGACGUCAGCCAAGGUCGGCCCCCCACAUUUUUACCGCACCAAAUCUGGCCCCCUUUGCAAAAAGUUUGGACACCCCUGCUCUAAAUUGUCCAUAUGUGUAAAUGUAUGUGUGACUGUUUGCCAAUGUGUCCUGAUUGGCUGGCAAUCAGUCCAGGGUGUUACCUCGCUUUUUUUUGCUAAGUGAUAAUAUUUUAAUUAAUGAAGUCAGAUGGUAUAGAUAGGCUCCUACUCAUUAGCUACCCCUAUGGAUGAAUCAAAGGUUUUUAUCUUUUAUCUAAAGCAACAUUUGCACAUUAAUCAUCAAAUGAAAAUGAAUCAUUGAUUGGUGUUGCAACAAUUGAAUAUCUUUCUGCACUAAAAAAAAGAACUGUUACUAAGGAAUAUAAAAAUAUUUUGAAUUUACUGUGUGUAUAUUGUAUAUUUGGGAUGACUACUAUAAUCCUGACUUCCCACAAGGGUUAGUCCACAUAGAAAAUUGGGAUAUUAGAGAAUCACAAAUUUGGGGAAAUCUUUCUACUUUUGAACACUGAAGGUACCCUGGAUAAGAUUGUUUAAAAUAUACUAGUCCUUCUAAAAAAAAUAGCAUAUUUUGAUCAAGUUCAUUAUUUUCUGUAAUGUACUGAUAAACAUUACUUUCAUAUAUUUUAGAUUCAUUACACACAAGUGAAGUAGUUCAAGCCUUUUGUUUUAAUAUUUUGGCAAAAAAAAAAAGUCAAGAAAAACCAAAAAUCCCUAUCUCAAAAAAUUAGCAUAUUUCAUCCGACCAAUACAAAAAAAGUAUUUUUCAAUACAAAAAAAAAAAAAAAAAAUCAACCUUCAAUUAAUUAUAUCAGCUAUGAACUCAAUACUUGGUCAGUAAUCCUUUGAAAUGACUGCUUCAAUGCGACGUGGCAUGGAGGCAAUCAGCCUGUGGCUCUGCUGAGGUCUUAUGGAGGCCCAGGAUGCUUCGAUAGUGGCCUUAAGCUCAUCCACAGCGUUGUCUGGUUUCUCUCAACUUCCUCUUCACAAUAUAUUGCAGAUUCUCUAUGGGGUUCAAGUCAGAGUUGGCAGGCCAACUGAGCACAGUAAUGCCAUGGUUAGUAAACCAUUUACCAGUGGUUUUGGCACUGUGAGCAGGUGCCAGGUCGUGCUGAAAAAUCAUCUCCAUAAAGCUUUUCAGCAGAUGGAAGCAUGAUGUGCUCCAAAAUCUCCUAAUAGCUAGCUGCAUUGACCCUGCCCUUGAUUAAACACAGUAGACCAACACCAGCUGCUGACAUGGCACCCGCCCAGACCAUCACUGACUGUGGGUACUUGACACUGGACUUCAGGCAUUUUGGCAUUUCCUUCUCCCCAGUCUUUCUCCAAACUCUGGUACCUUGAUUUCUGAAUGACAUGCAUUGCUUUCAGCUGAAAAAAGUACUUUGGACCACUGAGCUACAGUCCAGUGCUGCUUUUCUGUAGCCCAGGUCAGGCACUUCUGCCGCUGUUUUAGGUUGAAAAGUGGCUUGACCUUGGGAAUGCGGCACCUGUAGCCCAUUUCCAGGUUUCUGCAGCUCCCCCAAGGUCUGGAAUCGGCCCUUCUCCACAAUCUUUCUCAGGGUGCGGUCACCUCUUCUGGUUGUGCAGAGUUUCCUGCCACACCUUUUCCUUCCCACAGACUUCCCACUGAGGUGCCUUGAUACAGCACUCUGGGAACAGCCUAUUCCAGGGUUCACUAAAUCCGGACCGCGGUGCCACUUUUCCUGUCGUGUUUUCCAUGUCUCUCUCCCCUAACACAGCUGAAUCAAAUGAUUACGUCAUCAGCAACCUCUCCAGAAGCCUGAUAAUGAUCCUGAUUAUUUUGAUUCAGGUGUAUUGGAGGAGGGAGACAUGGAAAACACGACAGGAAAAGUGGCACCAAGGUCCGGAUUUAGUGAACCCUGGCCUACUCGCUCAGAAAUUUGUGUCUUAGCCUUUUGUUUGAGGGUGUCAAUGAUGGCCUUCUGGACAGCAGUCAAGUCGGCAGUCUUGCCCAUGACUCCGGUUUUGAGUUAUGAACCAGGCUGGGAGUUUUUAAAAGCCUCAGGAAUCUUUCGCAGGGGUUUUGAGUUGACUUGUUGAUUCAGAUGAUGAGGUUAGUAGCUUCUUUUGAGUACCUUUUCAUGAUAUGCAAAUUUAAGGGAUUUUUGUUUUUUCUUGUUUUUGCCAAAAUUAUCAAUAUUAAAAUAAACGGCUUGAACUACUUCAGUUGUGUGUAAUGAAUCUAAAAUAUGAAAGUAAUGUUUAUCAGUACAUUACAGAAAAUAAUAAACUUUAUCACAAUAUGCAAUUUUUAGAAGGACCAGUAAGUGGUUUUAUUGAUGAAUUGUAUGGCUCACAGCAACAAAAAAGCCAUUUGUACAUUGUGUGAAAAUUGCUCUUUAGUUGCCUUACCUUGGUACGUACAGGUUUCUUUUGAGUUUAAGGGCUAUAAAAAUAAAUAUUUGUCUCAACAGAAUCUCGCUGGUGUUUCAGGCCCAGUUGACUGGUUUCCUUGGGCUACCUCACCCUUCUGGGCUGUCAAGGUAGAGCCCUAUGAAUUCUGCGUAGCAUCAAGUGGACAUAGAGUAAAACCAUAACACAAUCCACUUUUGUUACGUUUCAGUCAUAGACAGGGGUGCACAUAAUUUUUUUGCCCAGGUUCUCAGAGGAGGACCUGGAGAUGUCACUUGGUCCUCAUUGAGCUUGAGAGCCGACCCGCCUGAUGCGAUAAAUUUAUGACAAGCUUUACUUAGAGCCAAUUAACUUUAAUUAAUUAUAUUAACAAUUAAUGCUUGAUUAACAUCAACUGGCACAACAAAAUUGCCAUUACUUUGAAGUGAAAUGUAAAGAAAUAAGAAGCACCAAUUCAAAAUAAAGGGCAUUAUGCGGCUUCCACAUUAACUCCAAGCCUUUUUAAAAGUGGGAUAUCCUCCUCAUAAGACCUCAUUGAACGUGCAUGUUUAGCUUUGUAAAAUGCGAGCAAAAACACGUUUGUCAGUGCAUGUCGCUGUUCAUUACCUUUAUUCCGCCACUUGUCCAUAGGGCGAGUGGGGUCCUGUUUGACAUCGAUAGUUUGCUUAAUUGCCACAUGCUGUUUUUUUCGUGCUUUUCAAAGUUUGGAUGGCUGAAAUUCUUUGACCCUACAUAAAAUGCGCUGCUCUUAUCGGCGACAUUGGGAUUCUCACGGCACAUUUUGUACCGCAUUUCCGUGCGAGCAUCAUUUGCUUCUAGCCAUGGUACCUCCUGUAGCCACUUUUCAGCAAAAGUCCUUUUUUUCGGUAGCUCCGGUGACGUCUCUGUCGUCUGUCUUUUGACGGGGUUGGGGGAACACGGAAGUAAUAGUAAUUACUCAGUGUGGCCUGCCUCUUCAAAAUUUUGAGAAGUUAUUUUCUCGUGUACACCGCA